UGAUGACUGAGGCUGAAACAACAUGAGGGUGAGGGUCAUUUUAGAUAGACUAUCCCAUUUAGAGUGUAGACAAGGUGAUCAGUUUGGCUUACUGUCCAUGACAAAAUGGCUCAAGCUUAAGACACAACUUAAGUUCAAAGUUAGUUCAUUAUUUAGCAGAUGCUUUCUUAUUCAGUGUUACAUCCAGCACAUUAGAUUAGAGGAACUGGUAAAAUAUUCACUGUGUGUGAAUUGGUGAGUGGGAUGGACAUAAAGAGAGAGGAGAACUGCCCCUCUUUUGUUGCUCAAUAACCCAAUUAUGCCUGCCCACUCAGUGCCAGUGAGGUUUGAAGGGGGAAAUACACUGACCUGUAUGAAGGAAACUGCACAUGAUGGGCUGUGAAGGAUGGAGUCUCCUCUGGCUGGGCUGUUUAGUGUCCACUUUUCUCCAGAAUUGUGCAGUUCGGGUGACAGUGAGGGAGUCCAGUGUGGAAGUGGUGCGGGGAGAUUCUGUCACGCUGCCUUGUUCGUUCUUCACAAUGAUGCCUUUGUAUCGACUCAGCAUUAUCUGGACUCUGACCCCGGUCUCCGAUCCUGCCUCCCCAAUGCAGGUGAUUGUGUAUGAUCACGGGCAGGUGAACGAGAGCCCUUCAUUCAUGGGCAGGGUGGGUUUUGCGGGCAUGCCUUGGAGCGCUGACGUCAUUCUGAAUGACACUCGCGUGUCUGACGCUGGGGUCUUCCGCUGUGUGGUCAGCAACCCACCUGAGACUGGAGACCCUGGCAUAGGAGAACUCAGCCUCACUGUUUUGGCACCUCCGUCUCUACCUGUGUGUCUGUGGGAAGGGGAUACAGACGCUGGCGGCAGCGUGAAACUCUCCUGUAUGGCGCUGGAGGGUUUCCCCGCUCCACAGAUGAUCUGGGAGAAGCUAGAACCUGAUCAGAUCAACCUGCCAGUGAACAUGGAUGGUGAAAAGACGGGCUUCGUGGAAAUUGCCAACGUCUCUGCACAAACCUCCGGACUGUACCGCUGCUCUGUAAGCAACCUGUUGGGCACUCAGCACUGCUACAUUAACCUGUCUGUUUACACCCCUCCUGAUAAUUCCCCGGGAAUCCUGCAGGGGGUGCUGUUGAGUCUGUCUAUGGCUCUGCUGCUGCUGGCUCUGAUUGUGCUGGUGCUGUGGCUCCACCGUUCGGCGAAGGAGAGCAAAUGGAUUAACAGCCGUGAGGAAGAGGAGUGUUAUAAUGAGAUAAAAUACACGCCCACUCUUAUAAAACGCUCGUUUGUCUGAGCUGUAAGUGAGAAGUGACGAUCAGGACUAUCUCAACGUGUAAUAUAAGACAAUUAUUUUUUUUUGUGAUAAAACCUUGUGGGCCAGUUUUUGAAAGUGCUUUUUAAUGUUUUAUCACAUUUCAAACUUAUAAUUGUAUUAAAGUGUGGGG